AUGGGGGCCUCUCGCACUCCAUACACCCAAACUCUAUCGCGGAAAAGCCAUCGCAAGUCCCGUCUGGGAUGUAAGAACUGUAAGAGGCGUAGAAUCAAAUGCGAUGAGAUCAAGCCACACUGCACCAACUGCCUCCGCCAUUCAAUAGAGUGCGACUACAGCUUUAAGCCCCAGACUAACCCCAGCCCUUCUCCACAAUCACAGCAAUCAGACUCGGUAUCACCACCCUCACAGGGCCCCAGCACAGAUAGCUACACCUUCUACACAUCCUCAUCCGUCAACUUUCAACCCCCAAAACGAGGCCAUGGCACACCUCUCACGUCAGGACCAGACACAACCCAACCAUCACCCCCAUCAAACAACGACCUAGUCAAGCGCCCCUUCCAAUACACAGCCCUGGACAUGCUCCUCUUCCACCACUUCUCCACUUCUCCUGAACUAACCGGCGCCCAACCAAAAGCCCGUCAGCAAUUAUCUCAAAUCGCUUUUUCCCACCACUACGUCAUGCACAUCCUCCUCGCCUUCUCCGGCUUCCACCUCGUGCGACGAUCAGACGAUCAACAAUGGUCCCAAUCCAUGGGUUUCACAGAAGCAGAAAUAUACACUGAAGCCGAACGCCACUUUAACGUUGCUAUCCGAGAUGUCUCAGCCACCUUACCGCACCUUGACCGCGACAACAGCCCCGCGAUGUAUGCCUCCGCAAUAUUCAUCUUCAUCUCAAGUCUCGCCCGUGGCCCUCAACCGGGGGAGUACCUCGCGUUCCGAAGUGAUGGCACCCCAGGCCACUUGUCUUUGUUCCUCGGUGUGCGAUCUGUAUUCGAGCUAUGUAGCGGAGAUAUGCCAACGAGCGUUUUCUCCAUCCAUGGAGAGGGCGAUGAUUCUUCUUCUCGCACCACACCUCAAACCGAACAUGAAAACUCCCAUACCGCAUCGCAAAACAAAACCAAGUUAGAAGAUUACCCGCACCACCUAGAAACGUACCGCGCCCUCCUCACCACAACCAUCCCCAUCGACGACCCACGGCUCUCAAUUUAUCUGCAAACACUAGACCGACUAGGCCACAGCCUCGACGCCAUCAUGGGUCCCGAUCCACAGGGUACAAUGGGAAUGGCUCUCUUCCCGCUUGUCUUUGCGUGGUUGUAUCAGUUGCCGGACGCAGUGGUGAGUGAUUUGCAGCGGAGGGAGCCGGUGGCGUUGAUUCUAUUUGCGUUCUUUUUGUAUCCGCUUGAUCGGCUGGAUCAUGUGUGGUUCAUUUGCGGGUGGCCGAGGCAUAUUUUAGAGGGGAUUCAGUGGCAUUUGGAUGGGAGGUAUCGGGAGUAUAUUCAGUGGGCGGUGGAUCAUGUUGGGGGUGGUAGAUUAUCAGAGGGGUUGGGGGGAGGUAUGGAGGUUGUUAGUAGAUGA